AUGUCUACACAAUUAAAUUUCAACCGUUGCUAUGAAUCUAGUAGCUCUACUAACGAAUAUUCGCGUAGCAAAAAAAAUUCAUACUCUAGUAGCAUAACUAGCAUAGAUUCAAGUGGCAAAAAUUCAUUUACUGAAGUGGUAAAUGGAAGAAAACGGAUGGUUGAAAAUCUAAUGUCCAAAUAUCGAAUAGGUGAACCAUUCAUCACAUUGUCUCAUGAAUUUUACAUGGAAGAAUUGGCGUUCAAAGAUGUAAAGUGUUUGGAUGAUUUAAUUAACGAAUUUUUUGAAAAAUCUAUGCAUUCUGGCAUAUCAAUGGACAAAAAUGUGUUUCGGCAAUUACAAAUGGAUUUUGAACAAGUUCUUCACCAACAAUAUUCUAAGUCUGAGACCACCGAUGAAUUUUCUCUUUGCGAGAUUACUGAUGAAAAUGAUCUUUCUAAUAAUGUUUUUUCUAACAAUGUUUUUUCUAAAAAUGUUGAAGUUCCUGUAAAUCUUAUUUCAAAUAAUUUUAUUAAUAAUUCAGUUUGGAUUCCCAAAGGUACGAAAAAUUGUUCUACAAAAAUUCCCUACGAGUACGAAAAUUACCUGAAUGGUUUCCCUUUUUUGGUUCGUUAUGAAGUUGUUAGAUUAUUCAAACCAUUUGGACCAAUUAAUUAUUCAAUAAAUAUUUUGAAUAAAUUGAAUAAUUGUAAAACUGCUUUCGACUUUUAUGAAGCUUUUGAAUCGAUUUGCAAAGAACAUUUAAUGGAUCCUUGUAAGAAUUUUAAUGGUCAAGAAUUAAGCAAGCUUAUACCAUAUAAUAGGUUACUUUGGGAAGUUCAAGAAACUAAUAAAUCUAUAGGAAAAAGAAAGCAUAUUUAUUAUUCUGCUGAUAUAACAAUGCGGAAUGGAAAAUUAGAACUGAAUCUUAAUCCUCCUAGAACUUGUCAAUCCAAACUGUAUUACCGAAUGUUUUAUUCAGAAAGAUUUUUACAUAUAAAGAUUAAUAAAGAAAUUGAUAUAGAGAAAUUAGAUGAAAAAAAAUUUUCUUUAUUAAAAAACCUUUUAUUAAAUCCUAUAGAAUUAGUCGGAAGGACUUAUGAGUUAUUAUAUGCAAGAGAGGGAACUUUAUAUUAUUUUGCAACUAAUGGUUCGUGUCUUGAACCUAUAAAAAUUUGGGAUGCGAUUAAUUGGGAUGUUCCAAUAGAUAACAAUCUUAAAAUGACUACCGCAAAAUUUUAUAGUAGAAUUUCUUUAGGAUUUUCGGAUUCAACUCCCGCAAUUGUUUUUAGUCACGAUCAAAUUCGUUAUAACGAACCGGAUAUAGAAAAUGUUUUAGGUCAGGUUUUAACAGAUGGAUGUGCUCCAAUAUCUUUAGCUGUAAUGCGUCAAAUAUCAAAAGUUAUGGAUUGUAAAGAAACUCCUCAAUUUAUACAAGCUAGAAUAGGUGGUGCAAAAGGUAUUUGGUUUUUGGAUCCUCAAGUUCGUGAUCCAUAUGAAUUAAGAAUUGACUUGCGUCAAUCACAAACAAAAUAUAAACUGGAUUUUACAAUCAAUAAUUAUCAUUUAAGGACUCUUGACUUAGUCCGUAUUAUAAAGGUUCCAGAUCGUCCCGCUACAUUGAAUGCACAAUUAAUAAGAAUAUUAGAAAAUGGUGGCGUUCCUGCUCAAGUAUUUAUUGACAUGAUGAAAGAAAAUAUUCAAAAGAUUAAAGAAAUGGUAGUAGGACAAGAUGAUCCGACUGUGUUACGUGCAUGGAUUGUGAAAUCUGGAAAUAUAAUGCGUAGGCGUAUUGAAGAAAGAAUUAUUAAUAAAGAUUCUGACGUUAAUGAUUAUGGAAGUAAUUGUAGUGAAGUCAGUACAAAUUCAGGUUCUGGUGGAGUUUCUUUGUCCGGUUUUCCGGAUAAUAUUUCAGAAGUUUGUAUUGAAAUGCUCGAUGCUGGUUUUACUCCAUCAACUUGUCCAUUUUUGGCCAAGAAAUUAAAACAACUUCUUAAAGGACAGUUAACAAAUAUUGCUUCAAAAUAUCAUAUUGAAACUCCAUUAUCACGUUCCCUUGUCUGCGUUGCAGAUCCGACAAAUACCUUAGAAGAAGGUGAAAUUUUCAUUCAACUAGAUGGUGAAGCUGGGUACGAUGAGAGAGGAAUGCGUAUAGGUAUAAUAGAAGGUGAUGUUUUACUUUGUCGUAAUCCGUGUGCUUUACCUUCUGAUGUUCAGAAAGCCAGAGCAGUAAAUAAUCCAUACUUGUGUAAAUAUUAUAAUGUUGUAAUUUUCCCUGUAAAAGCUCAAUCAAGGGAAGGACCUUUAGCAGCGAAAUUAAGUGGAGGUGAUUAUGAUGGAGAUAAAGUAUUUUGUUGUUGGGAUCCGAGACUCACAGAGUCGUUUCAAAAUUCACCUGUUUCCGAGACUUUACCUGAGGUAAAAAAUGCAUUUACUAAAUGUAUUGAGACAAUUGGAGAUUAUUUAGCACCAGUUAGAGAUGAUAUGAACCAAUGCACAAAAAAAGUUCAACGAUUAAUACUUGAUGAAUAUUUUAAGGAUAUGUUAACACCAAUAGGAAUGUAUGACUAUUAUCAUAGGAUAUAUUCGUCCCAUUUUGGACUAUCAGAUCCCAAAUCUAUUUAUUUAGCUCAAGUAAAUGCCAGACUAUUAGACGCAACUAAACAGGGUGAAACACUGAAACCUUCAGUAUUUUCAUCAGACAGGAAGUAUACUAAUUUUCCAAUACCUUAUUGGAUGGAUAAGGAUAAAUCAAAUUCUAAUACUAGAAGUGUAUGUUUUAUGGAUGACUUAAAGAAAGUAGCACAAGAAGAAACAGCAUUCGUCAAUUCUCCCGAAUUUUCUGUUGUAUUAAAUGCUCGACAUGGACUUGACCCACAUAUCCAUCAAUUUUGGUUACGAGAAUUUGAUAGGGCGAGCAAUUUGGAUGACGGUGGUAGAUAUAAAAAAGAUCUGGAACUUAUUAUUAAUGUUACUUCCUCGAUUCUUAGAAAAUAUAAUAAUGAAAUUAAAAGAUUAUUAAAUGAGGAUGAAGAAAAAGAUUUCAUGUUAAAACAUGUCGAUAGAUCUGAAUUAAAUCAUGACAUUUCUUUAUUUGAAUUGAGAUUAAAAGCAGCAGCUUUAUAUAUACAAUCGUUUUCAAAAAAUGUUGAAAAUGAAGGUUGUUGGAAACUCGCUUUUCGUGUCUUAUGUGGUCUUAAAGCUCGAAUGCUUGAAAGUGAAAAUUCGGAUAUUGUAGGUGGACCUAGAACUGUUAUUUACGAAGUCUGGCAAUCUUUGAAUGUAGAUAGACGAUGGAGAAAUGCCUAA